AGAUGAAGAGCAGCCAACUCUCAUCGUUGGCAGACGGCUGAUGAGGGGAUCCAGGAGCCGACUUCAAGCCCCCCCCCUCCCUUCCAUUUGUUUUGCUGCAGCACUCCGGGGGCUUCUCCUGGUCUUGUAUCUGGGUGCGAUGCUGGCUUUAUACCUGGCCCCCCUGGGCAUCGACUCGCCCUGCUUCCUGGAGCAGAGCCAGCUUCCUCCCAAACCGGCUCUGUUUGGGCACCGGGGGGCUCCCAUGCUGGCACCGGAGAACACCCUGAUGUCCUUCCAGAAGGCCAUCAGUUGUGGCCUCAGUGUCUUAGAAACGGAUGUCCGGGUGAGUGCCGAUGGGAUCCCUUUCCUCAUGCACGAUGAGACUCUUUUACGGACCACAAACGUCCAGGAGGUUUUUCCCACCCAAGGCCACGCCAAGGCCACCGCCUUCAACUGGACGCAGCUGCAGCAGCUGGAUGCUGGCAGCUGGUUUUUGCAGGUGAGAGCAGGAUGGGAUCCAAACAAGGUCUGAUUGGGUUUUGGUUGGGCUGAGCAUCUGGCUCUUUCAUCUGGAUUUGGUUG